AUGUCUCUACAGUACGAUGUUGAAUUUGCAAAGGAAGCUGCUCCUGUUCUACAACGCCUUGUCCAUAUCCCCAAACCAGCGGUCAACGAUGUCUCCACGAGACGUGCCAUGCUCAAUGCCAUGACCAGCGAAGAUAUCAGUGUACCCGAUGAUGUCGAACAUGUGGUUCACAGCGUCGCUGGGCCAGAUGGCCACAACGUGCCCGUCUACCACUUUCGUAAGAAGGUGCCACCUCGUGAAGGGGGAGAGCCAGCCAUUGUUCACAUCCAUGGUGGAGGCUACAUCGCUCUCAGUGCAGCCAGAUGCGCAAUGCCCCACGGAGCAUCGGUAUCUCAAACCGGCGUUCAGAUCUUGAGCAUCGACUACCGUCUAGCACCGGAGAACCCGUACCCUGUGCCGCUGGAUGAUUGCUGGGCCGUCCUGCAAUGGAUCCACAGUAAUGCAGAGAGACUGUCAAUCAACCCAGCUCGCAUUGCAGUCAUGGGCGAGAGCGCCGGAGGUGGCUUGGCAGCUGCCCUCACUCUGUUGGCGCGAGAUCGAGCGUUGUCGCCGCCACUGGCGAAGCAGAUUCUGGUGUACCCUAUGUUAGAUGAUCGGACCAAGACCAACCUUGCGGGAAGUCUUGUCUUUUGGAACGAACAUGACAAUAUCACGGGCUGGAAUGCGUAUCUGGGACCGGAGGCAGGUAGCGACGGGAUUGUUUCCUAUGCCUCACCUGCUCGGGUUGAGAGCGUGGAGGGGCUACCUCCGCUGUAUCUCGACUGUCCUCAGCUUGAUAUCUUUGUGCACGAGGCAAUAGAGUACGCGCGCCGGUUUGUGGCUGCCCACAUCCCCACUGAAUGCCACAUUUAUCCCGGUCUGCCGCAUGGCUUUGAGGCAGUGGCAACCAACAUCAGUGUCACUCGGCAGGCUAUCAGUAAUCGCUAUAAGGCAAUGUCUAGUUUUUGA